GUGCACGCGGCUGGGGGGCGGAGCGGAGCGGAGCGCAGGGUUAGUGUUAUCCGUGUUAUCGGUGUUACCGGAGCCGGGGUUAACAGGCCGCGGAGUGACGACUGACCCCUCGGAGGAGAACCGGGAGCCGCAGCCUGGUCCGUCAGCCGUGGUGGAGCGAGGCGAACACCCGAGAUGAGUCAGUGGCUCGAGUUGCAGCAGUUGGACUCCAAGUUCCUGGAACUGGUGGACCAGCUGUACGAUGACAGCUUCCCCAUGGCGAUCCGCCAGUACCUCAGCAACUGGAUCGAGAGCCACGACUGGGACCACGUGGCGAAUGUAGAGAACGAGUCUCUGGCGACGGUGAGAUUCCACGACCUCCUGACACAACUGGACCACCAGCACAGCCGCUUCGCCAUGGAGAAGGACUUCCUGAACCAACACAACAUCCGCAAGAUCAAACGCAACCUGCAGACCCUGUUUGGGGACAACCCUGUCUCCAUGGCCAUGAUCAUCAGCAAGAACCUGAGUGAGGAGAGGAAGAUCCUGGCAGCUGCUCAGAUCUCUGAGAGCUCGCCUCAGAACGCUCAGAGCGACAUGAUGAUCGAGAAACAGAGAGAGCUGGACAGCAAGGUGAAGGACAUCAAGACCAAAGUGCAGGAAAACGAGCAGAACAUCAAGAACCUGGAGGAUCUGCAGGACGAACACGACUUCAAGAGCAAGACUUUACAGAGUCAUGAGGAGCUGAAUGGAACGGUAACGAAGGAGGAGCUAAAUCGCGAGAAACUGUACCUCAGAGCCAUGUUCAUGAAACUCAACGAUUUGAGAAGGGAGGUGGUGGGCCAAAUGUCCGAGGUGCUGAACCUGGUGGAGCAGCUGGAGUACGAGCUGAUCACGGUGGAGCUGUCCGAAUGGAAGAGACGCCAGCAGAUGUCCUGCAUCGGGGGACUCACCAACGUCUGCCUCGAUCAGCUGCAGAACUGGUUCACAGCGCUGGGCGAGUGUCUCCUGAACGUUCAUCAGCAGCUGAAGAAGCUCCUGGAGCUGGAGCAGAAGUAUUCAUACCCCCAGGACCCCAUCAUGCUGAGUCGGAGCUCGUUGGAGGACCGUGCGCUCACACACCUUAAAACACUGAUCACCAACUCCAUGGUGGUGGAAAGACAGCCGUGUAUGCCGACACAACUGCAGAGGCCACUGGUGCUGAAGACUGGCGUUCUGUUUACUCUCAAAGUCAGGCUCCUGGUGAAGCUUCAGGAGUUUAAUCACACGGUUCGGGUGAAAGUGCACCUGGAUAAAGAUGUGACCGAGAAGAGGAAAGGUUUCCGGAAGUUUAACAUCCUGGGGACGAGCAUGAAGGUGAUGAACAUGGAGGAGUCGAUCGGGAUGGCUGCUGAGUUCCGACACCUGCAACUGAAAGAGCAGAAGGUGGCGGGAAACAGGACGAACGAGGGUCCACUGAUUGUCACUGAGGAGCUCCACUCUUUUACAUUUGAGGCGGAGCUGUGCUGGUCUGGACUGGUCAUCAACUUCGAGACGUCGUCUCUGCCCAUUGUGGUGAUCUCCAACGUGAGCCAGCUGCCAUGUGGUUGGGCCUCCAUCAUGUGGUACAACAUGUUGACCUCCGACCCCAAGAACCUGGCGUUCUUCGUGAACCCGCCCCCUGUGAGUUGGGGUCAACUGUCCGAGGUGCUGAGUUGGCAGUUCUCCUCCAUCACCAAGCGAGGCCUGAACACUGAGCAGCUGAGCAUGCUGGGACACAAACUGCUGGGCCCAAAAGCAGCUAAAGACCCUGAGGCUCAGAUUCCCUGGAAUAAAUUCUGUAAGGGAGGCAGUGAGAAGAACUUCACCUUCUGGUUGUGGAUUGAGGGAAUCCUGGACCUGAUCAAGAGACACCUCCUGAGCCUGUGGGAUGAUGGGUGCAUUAUGGGAUUUGUGACUAAGGAGCGCACUAAGGCGCUGCUCAAUGAUAAAGCUCCUGGAACGUUCCUGCUGCGCUUCAGCGAGAGUAACCGAGACGGCGCUAUCACCUUCAGCUGGGUGGAACACACCCCUAACGGUGAACCGCAGGUGCGCUCGGUCGAGCCCUACACUAAGAAGGAGCUCUCUGCCGUCUCCCUGGCCGACAUCCUCAGAAACUACAGAGUGAUGGCGGCCGACAACGUCCCCGAGGACCCGCUGCGCUUCCUGUACCCAAACACGCCCAAAGACGAUGCCUUCUGCAAAUAUUACUCCAAACCUACUGACAAACACGAACCCAUGGACGUGGAGAAGAAGUCGGAUGAUUAUAUCAAGACCACACUCAUCUCCGUGUCUGAAAUGAAAACCUCAGAGUAUAACGACAUCAUGAUGCCGCUGUCGCCUGAGGUGUACGGAGAGCUGGAGCGCAUGACCCGUGAUCUGACUGGAGAGCUCGGAGAGCUGUGCUGUGGCCUUGCCGACGACUGACGGACGAACAGAGCCGAGACGUUUCGCCCCGCGUUCGUCUCCUCCGUCUACAGAAACAGCGCUGGAGCUUCAGCAUGUCCUCUUCACAUUCAUUACUCAGAUUUUUCUAGAAGCUGAACACACAGGUCUAACGCCUACAUUAAAAAACCAACAAGCAAGCAAAAAAAAAAACAAAAAGCCAACGGGAAUUUAACGCACCUUAAAUUUAUGUUAAAAGCACUUACUUGCUGCUGAUGCACUUUUCCUCUUGCCUUACCAGUUAGUCAGGAAGGUGCACCAAAUAUAUGUGCACAGAAAAAAAAAAACUAAACAAAGCUGUAUCUUUUGUAUUAAAUCUUUUUCAUGGAUGAUCAGUAACUGUUAAUCCAUCUCAUUCACUAGCGCAGCAGAUUAGCAUCAUUAGUAUUAUUUUAAAAAGAGGAAUUUUUUUUUUCUCUUCCCCCUCAUCCCAUACACACAGACCACGGCAGAAUGAGGCCUUGUUACUGGAGGCGGGGUUAUUUAAUUAUCUGAACAAACAAUUUAAAUGAUUUAAAGACAUGAGCGCUUUCCAAACUAACACACUUCCACAGUCAGAUCUAAAGGAGGAGUCGGUGAUUAUAACCCCUAAAUAGUAUACUGGAGAAAUACUGUACGUACUUGUGGAUUAGAAGCCCACAGAGGUGUGUGUGUGUGUGUGUGCUUGUGUGUGUGCUAAAAAAAUAGAUAAAUAAAUCCUGUGUUCAUACGAAGCUCUGACUCCGAAAGAAGCGAAGAAAAGAAAGAAGUGGUGCUAUUGUAGUUAAACAGCACCAGGGGGCGUGUUUGUGCUCAGUGAUGUUUUAUAUUGAUACCUUGGCAAUGCACGGCCCUGAAUUCAAGCGGCGGAGUUUAAAAAGGUGUAGAAGUGUAUUUGUGUGGCUUUAAAAAAUAUAUGCAUCGCUGACUCCUCGUUUUACAGCAGUUUUAGAGCCAAUAUGGGAUUAAAAAAAAAAAAAAAAACUGUUAAAAGAGGAAAGGCAGGGAAUUUCCGAGUUUAAAACUCAGAAUUUUCGAGUUGUACGUCAAAAUUGUGGAGAAAAAAAACUUUAAAUUUUAGAAUUUUUUAAAAACCUUGAAAAGGGAAAAAAAAUUAGGAAAAAAUCUAAAUGAGAUUUUUUUGUUUUAUUUUGUUUAUUUUAUUUAGUUUUUAAUAAUAAUAGUAAUUAUAAUAAAUAAAUAUUGUUUCUUGAAAAUUAAACUUUUUUUUCUUUAGAAAAUUUCAACUUAUAACUUGAAAAUUCUAAGUUUUAAACAUGGAAAUUCCCCGCCCCUCCCCCGCCAAUUCUUUUUUUUUUUUGGCCCCAAAACUUCGUCUUAUUCUUUAAAUUUGUAUGACAGAACAACAGAAUGGCAUCCCAAAAUAUGGUAACCACGGCAACAGGAAAUUGACAAAGAGGUUUAUGAGGUACUGGUACACUGCUCCUGUUGUGAAAGGGGAACAUAAGGGGACACGUUUCUGACACGUGCAUGAAGCUGAUGAAGAUUAGAUUAUUAUUAUUAUGACCUUUUAGUGUUUCUCACCACUGCUUUGCUUGG